AAUUACUCUGGCACGUGUGUUGUGGAGAGAUGGAUUUACCAUAUUUCAGUACUCCCUGUUGUACCGUAUCAUUUCCCUCUUAAAGUAAGAAACCCUCAGAAGCAACCCGACGACGAUCUGAGAGGAAAAACGAAUCGCCGGGAAACACAAACGAAGAGAAUCGGGUUCCGGAUGGCUUUGGACGGUGCGCACUGAUGUCACUGUUCUGGUUUGUCGUCGGUCAGCUCAAUCCGGUUGAAAGAAUGUCUACAUCGAAGAAGGUGAUUACAAGGGCGGAGUGGGAAAAAAAGCUCAAUGAUGUAAAGAUCAGAAAAGAAGACAUGAAUAAGCUCGUAAUGAAUUUUCUGGUGACAGAGGGUUAUGUUGAAGCUGCAGAGAAGUUCCGGAUGGAGUCUGGCACUGAACCAGACAUUGAUCUCGCAACAAUAACUGAUCGAAUGGCCGUAAAAAUGGCCGUGCAGUGUGGUAAUGUCGAGGAUGCAAUUGAGAAAGUUAAUGAUUUGAAUCCUGAGGAUGAACCUUGGGAAAUGCUACUGUUAGAAGACAUGGAAUUUUGGAUACUGGACACAAAUCCCCAACUAUUUUUCCAUCUUCAGCAGCAGAGGUUGAUAGAACUGAUUCGGAAUGGAAAAGUAGAAGAAGCUUUGGAGUUUGCCCAGGAGGAGCUUGCACCAAGGGGUGAAGAAAAUCCAAACUUUUUAGAGGAGUUGGAAAGGACAAUUGCACUGCUUGCAUUUGAAGAUGUGUCAAAUUGUCCUGUGGGGGAGCUUUUGGGCAUAUCACAGCGCCUAAAAACUGCGAGUGAAGUGAAUGCUGCCAUUCUCACAAGCCAGAGUCAUGAGAAAGACCCAAAGCUUCCCAGCUUGUUAAAGAUGCUGAUUUGGGCUCAAAACCAGCUCGAUGAGAAAGCAAUUUAUCCACACAUCAAUGAUUUAUCCACCGCCAUGCUUGAAGAUCCUGCCACUUGAAAAGACACGAGCUCUGUGCCAGAAUCUCAGGUCAGUCUCUGUUGUAUUGUGAGUUGAAAGUUGAAAUGGAGCAUCAUGUAAAUACUUUCAUAUAGGAUUGCAUCUAGGUUGCUUCUCAGUUCCUUCUAGAGGUAUCUGGACAGAAUGAUUCUUUUUUCCUUGGUAGGCCAAGUUCUCUGGCACCUUGUUUUCUGUUGUACACUGGAGCUUGUUCCCCGUUCCUGAUAGAAUUUAAAUAUUGGGGAUGGUUUUCCAUUUAAAAGGCUUACAGGAAUUCCUUACU